AUGGUGGCAUCAGUUGAAACCGACGAUGACGGAAACGAAGGUGAGGAUGACGACGGGAUGGAUAACGAUGAUUGGACAGGGUUAUCAGAGGAACCGGUGCAGCAGCAAGACCAGACAGAUGCGGCGGGAAAUAACGGCGGUUAUUGGGAGGCAGGUCAAGGAAAGAUGAAGAAACUGCAACCGCAAAGAAGGAGAAAGAAACCAAUGGUGGCAUCAGUUGAAACCGACGAUGACGGCAACGAAGGUGAGGAUGACGACGGGAUGGAUAACGGUAACGGAGUAGGAGGAGGUAGUAGUGGUGGGUUGGGGACGGAGAGACAGAGGGAGCAUCCGUUUAUCGUGACGGAGCCUGGGGAAGUGGCACGUGGCAAAAAGAACGGUUUAGAUUAUCUGUUCCACUUGUACGAACAAUGCCGUGAGUUCCUUCUUCAGGUUCAGACCAUUGCUAAAGACCGUGGCGAGAAAUGCCCCACCAAGGGAAGAUAUCAUAUGGAUACUGCCCAAAAUGGAACACCGUCUGGUGAUCUGAACAAUCAAAUUCUCAGUUCAAAGGAAGAAAACUAUGCUGCUAAAGUCGAAUCAGCGGGAAAAGAGAUCUUGCACAAACAUAAGGGGCAACUGAGACAGUUAAUCCAUAUGCUGAGGCAAAUUGAAACACAAGUGAAUUCACAUCAGGAAGAGAUUCUGCAGAUGGUUGACGAUCGCAGAACCUUCUUCCAAGAUUUCAUCCAGAAAUCUCUUUAUUACCUAAGCUCGGUUCACAGCAAAAACCACGACACUUUCCCUGUCACUGUGAAGCUCCUUCGUGUCCUAUUUAAUAACAUCAAUGAGGUGCUUGGUUCUGUAGAUACUGGUGUCAAUGAUCUUAUGCAGGCUUUAGCAAAGAAUAUGUGUCACCCGAUGACCAAGUACGUAGGCAAUUUGGCAGCUGAAUUAAAGCUUGGCCCUUGUGUGGAACUGAUGAAUGUAGUGAAUGAGAUGGAGAGAGCAAAUGCAGAUACAAGGAGAGAGCUGAAAGAUGCUAGAGAAAGGAUUAGACUUGCAGAAGAGACGAAGAUCGAGUCUUUACUAAAGCUGAAAAAAGCUGAAGAUCAUGUUCAGAGAAUGACAACAUCUGCCAAAUUUCUUCUACCCUCGAGUCAGAAUAAGAAACAAGCUGAACAUUCUAUUACCGGCAAGCGUAUUGGCACAGAGGGAGGCAGAGAACACGAAGAGAAACUACUGUGGGAACUACUGAGCAAAAGGAGAAAGCAACAAGAACCAGAGAGUCCAAUGGGACCUAAAGAGCUUAUCAGACAAGCAGACACAAAGCAGAAGCCAUUGGUGUAUAUUCGCCGAAGUACAAGGUUAAAUUCUCAAAAAGCCCGUCCUGAUUCUUUGAUCCCACUUGGUUUGUCACCUUCUGCUAGAACAGUAACCUGGAGGUAAGUAAAGUAAGCACAAGUCUCACGCAUUGCAUCAGAAUCUAUCCACAAUAUGCUUCUUUAUUACUUAGAAUCCUUAGAACUACUCUUUUUUUUAAUGUCAUUAGUUACACUUUGAUUAGCUUUGGUAUUUCUUGAGAAGAUCAAGUUGUUGAUAAACCGUGAUGUGAAUUUCGCAGUGACCAAAUUAUGUAUCAAAGCUUAUAAACUUCAAAUCAUAAAAGUUCGGGACAAAAAAAGAAUUUAUUGAAAAAGUAGGGGAUUGUGCACCCCAAUAUCCACGUUUUUAUUAAAGUGGGCCUAAGUU